AUGAGCCCUGCUCGGGUGGCAGGAAUACCUGGGUUUCGAAGAUACUCGCAGGCCACUGCUGUGCUAGAACAACAGCAGGAGGUACAUCAUCCAGAACCGGCACCAUCGACGCAGCAGGAGGAACACCGGAACCAACCUAGUGCAAGUAGAGAGGCCCGGAGCCAACCUCACCUGGAAAGGUGGAGUUCACGAACGUAUGGGUUUUCAUGGAGGGGUCCGAGCCCUGAAGAGCUGGCCGUACGAGGGCGACAGCAGAAGGAGUACCUCGAGCGCCUGUUCCACCCUCUCAAGUUCCCACCUGAGCUUGUCCAACGGGUUCUGACGCAUAGCAGCCACGUCCAAGGGCGGAACGGACACAACGGCGCCUUCAGUUUUAUCGGUCGACGAGUAAUGUCCGCAUACUUUCAGCUCUUCCUGCAUAAGAGCCCCAACCUCAAACCUUCCGAUGACCUUGAAGACCUCGUCUCGCGUGCCUUACACACCAACCUCGUUGGGCAACACAUCGGUGACGUGUGGGGUGUCGGACGAGAGCUCGUGUGGGAGCCCAACGCUCCGUCAAGUAGGUUGGACAAGAACGCCGCGGCGGCCCUACGAGCUGCUGGGUUGUACAAAGUGCAAGGAGAGGCGAUUCAGGCGAUGAUUGGGGCGAUUUACCAUCAAUAUGGUGGAGCUGUUGCACUAAGAGUGUUCCAUACACGAGUGCUUCCUCUCCUGCUUGUGAAGGGUGGCUUGCCUAAGGUGUUCCAUAAGGAUGUCAAGGCCCAAUGUGACAAGUUUGGUGGUCCGGAAGGACCGCUCCUCGUCCCUCGCGAAGAGAAGGCCCCCGUGCUGGAGGAAAGCAAACCGGUGACGCCAAAACUAGAAAUGGACGAUCCACCAGUACCAUUUUAA